AUGCCUGCCGCCAAGGUCAAGGACGUACAGCCAAAGAAGCGUGUGCUUGUCGAUGCGCCAUCGUCCCGCCAAAAUAUCCAGAAUGACAGCCCUUCCAAGCGCCGGAAGCUCAAUGGCCAGUCCAAGAACUUCAAGACACCAGGCGGUCCUGGCUCUAGUCAAGUCAAGAGCCGGUUUGAAGAGGAGGUCCUUGAGAAGUUGACACAAGACAUUGACGAUCUCAAGCAACACAAUGCUGAGAAAGACCAACAAUGGGCCCGACCGAGUCUGGACGACUUUGACGAAACAAGGGAUAGUUUGUGCUUCCAGCAGAUCGAAGCCGAGGAAGGCACCCUCCAUGGCGGAAAGACAUGCGUCAAGUUGUUUGGCGUUACUGAGAGUGACUGCGAGCCCUUCAAGGCCUACCUCGAGACCCAUCUUGCACAACAUCAACCUGCCAUCUACUCGGUACAAAUGCUCCUUCGCGAGAAUUUGUACGGUUUCCAAGGCAAUGUGAAGAGUCCCUACCUCAAAAUCACCGUCACCGAUCCCAAGUUUAUCAACAAGCUGAGAACUUCAAUCGAGAGCGGGAGUGCCAACUACAAGGGUCUCUGGAAAGGUGCCGAUGGUGGCGUCCUGACCUUUGACAAUAUCCAAUACGUGCUCCGUUUCAUGAUCGACACCAAGGUCUCAGGAAUGUCUUGGGUCGAGACUCCCGCAUCGAAAUACACCUUGGUUCCCGCUCGUGACAGACAUUCGAACUGUCAGAUCGAAGCCUUCUGCCACUACAGAGAUCUCAUUGCCCACCCUGCCGAAGGAGAAUGGGCCAAGAUGGCCCCUCUUAGAACUCUCUCGUUCGAUAUCGAGUGCGCUGGUCGCAAGGGUAUCUUCCCAGAAGCUAAUGUGGAUCCUGUUAUCCAAAUCGCGAACGUCGUCACAAGAUAUGGUGAAGACAAGCCGUUUGUGCGCAACGUUNUUUGCUUGGACACGUGCAGUCUGAUCGUGAAUACACAAAUCUUCGAAUUUGCGGACGAGGACAAGAUGUUGAUGGCCUGGCGAGACUUCCUGGAGAAGGUAGAUCCGGACGUCAUCAUCGGUUACAACAUUGCAAACUUCGAUUUCCCCUAUCUGCUGGACAGAGCAAAACACCUCAAGGUUGGAAAGUUUCCCUUCUGGUCAAGACUACGAAAUGUCCAGUCUGUUGCAAAAGACACCAACUUCUCAAGCAAGCAGAUGGGCAACAGAGAUACGAAGGCGACUAACACCAACGGACGUCUGCAGCUCGAUCUUCUCCAACUCAUUCAGAGAGAUCAUCAGCUCAGAAGUUACACACUGAACUCUGUGUGUGCCCACUUCUUAAAUGAGCAANAGGAGGAUGUCCAUCACACAAUGAUCACUGAAUUGUUCAACGGUACUCCCGAAUCACGACGGAGACUGGCAGUCUACUGUUUGAAGGAUGCUUACCUCCCGCAACGUCUUAUGGAUAAACUCAUGUGUCUCGUCAAUUACACGGAGAUGGCCAGAGUCACGGGUGUACCGUUCAACUACCUGCUCUCUCGUGGCCAACAAGUCAAGUUCAUCAGUCAGCUUUUCCGAAAGGCACUAGAGCAGCAACUCGUCAUUCCUAACCUUCGUAGUGAAGGAACGGAAGAACAAUACGAAGGUGCCACAGUCAUUGAACCCACCAGAGGCUAUUACGACGUGCCCAUCGCCACCCUCGAUUUUGCAUCACUGUACCCAAGUAUCAUGCAAGCCCACAACUUGUGUUACACGACUCUUCUCAACAAGAAUGCUGUUGACAAGCUGAACUUCAAGAAAGAUGAAGAUUACAUUGUCACACCAAAUGGUGAUCUUUUCUGCACGGCAAAGGUCCGUAAGGGUCUUCUCACACAGAUUCUGGAAGAACUGCUGGGUGCCAGAAAGCGAGCCAGAAAGGAAUUGACUGUCGAGAAGGAUCCAUUCAAGAAAGCUGUCUUGAACGGUAGACAGUUGGCUUUGAAGAUCAGUGCGAACAGUGUCUACGGUAUCACAGGUGCCACAGUAGGAAAGCUGCCCUGUCUUGCCAUUGCCUCAAGUACGACUUCCUAUGGUCGUCAGAUGAUCGAGAAGACCAGAGACGAGGUCCAGAAGCGGUACACCAUCGCUAAUGGAUACAGCCACGAUGCUGAAGUCAUCUAUGGUGAUACCGAUUCAGUCAUGGUCAAGUUCGGGCCCAACGAUCUUGCCAAGGCCAUGGAGCUAGGUGAAGAAGCGGCCAAUUAUGUUUCCUCCAAAUUCAUCAAGCCUAUUAAGCUGGAAUUCGAGAAGGUCUACUUCCCCUACCUUCUUAUCAACAAGAAGCGUUACGCCGGUCUGUUCUGGACGAACCCUAACAAAUGGGACAAAAUGGACAGUAAAGGUAUCGAAACUGUUCGAAGAGACAAUUGUCGUCUUGUGCAAACGGUCAUCGAGACAAGUUUGCGUAUGCUGUUGAUCGAUCGUGAUGUUCAGGGUGCCCAAGACUUCGUCAAAGAGACCAUCGCUGAGCUAUUGCAAAACAAAGUGGAUAUGUCCAAUCUGGUCAUCACCAAAGCGUUGACCAAGAAUGACUACGCUGCAAAACAGGCUCACGUUGAGCUUGCAGAGCGUAUGAAGAAGCGCGACGCAGGUUCUGCACCUGCGCUUGGUGAUCGUGUAGCGUAUGUCAUGGUCAAGGGUGCUGCUGGUGCAAAGAACUACGAAAAGUCCGAGGAUCCCAUCUUUGUGCUGGAGAACAACUUGCCCAUCGACACCAGAUACUACCUUGAUAACCAGCUUGCCAAGCCUCUUGGUCGUAUUUUCGAGCCCAUCUUGGGUGAGAAGAAGGCAGGUCAGCUCCUGACAGGCGAGCACACACGAUCCAUUAGUGUCGCUGCUCCGACCAUGGGUGGCUUGAUGAAGUUUGCCAAGAAGACCGAGACUUGUAUGGGCUGCAAGAAACCCCUCACUGGCAAAGAUGAGAAGAACGGUGCCGUCUGCGAGAAUGACCGUGACCGUCUUGGCGAGUUGUACCAGAAGACGCUGAGCAAGGUUGCCGAACUCGAGGUUCGCUUCGCUCGACUUUGGACGCAGUGCCAGAGAUGCCAGGGCAGUAUGCACAACGAGGUCAUCUGCUCCAGCAGAGAUUGUCCCAUCUUCUACAUGCGUAUGAAGGCCAAANAGGAUGUUGAAGACUCUGGUAAGGAGCUUGUUCGCUUCGACAACGACGGUGCUCUGUGGUAA